UUUUUCUUUUUUAAAACCGGUGUUUUUCUUUAUGUUCUUUUUUAUCCGAUUUCAAAAAGAGUAGGGUCUCAAUCCAGCCGGUAUGUUUUUUUUUAAACAUGUAUCUACUUACUUACAUCUAUAGGUAUACAUUUGUUACAUAUAUCCCAAAUACGAAAAAAGAAAUCAGAAACAACACCUACUCAAAGUUUCUUUAAAUUACAAAAAAAAAUUGGCCAUUUUUUCAGCAGCCCAAUCGAUUCUAUUAAAUGUUAUUGGUGAAGUACUGGGUGAUAUAUUUAACCUUUACAAUACCGGCCUCAUAAUAUAAUGUCAAUAACCUCGAAGGUGCUUCUUUUUAUUCGCAAAUCCUAUUGUUUUCAUUCUUGUCUUAAUUAGAUAACCUACCUACGUGUGAUCUGUAUGCCACGCAUGUUUGCCCAUCCAUCAGCAAAUCUUACUGAGGGCAUUCACCGAAAUCCCCGGUCUCGAUGCUAAUUAGACAUGAGGAGAUAGCCCAAAGCGAUUCCUGAGCCGGCCGACCGGUGGCCAUCGGAGCGCGGUCACAAUCGCGCAUACGAUGAGCCCAAGUGCACGCUACCGCUCGCUCGUCCGCGGCCUCGCCACACGCUUCUGCGUGUUAUACGCGCUCCUAGAAUACUCAACGGCUACCGAGGACCAUGGUAUCCCGAUCGAAAUAAAACUAUGGGACUCGGGACGGUCACCGUUAUCCCAAAUGGUGGACAUAACAAAUGAAUUCGGUUUGAAAGUGCUCGCGGAACAUAAUUUUUUGAACGACAACAACAUAGCGUUCUCUCCGUAUGGGUUGAUGGGAAUUUUGGUGGCGUUGUAUGAGGGCGUCGACGGCGAGUCCUCGUUCCAGAUUCAGCGAGGUAUGCGCCUUCCUUGGAAUAGGAACAUCAUGAGGAUAGGAUUCAGAGACAUACAUCGGACUUUGAAAACUUACUUUGUACCUGAGGAAGGAUUUCUUGCUGGUUUGGCGUUGAACAACGAGAAUGUGACAUUCAAUGAUAAUUAUAAGAAAGUUUUAAGAUUUUAUGGUUUUGAUUUGGAAAACGACCAAUUACCCACUCUUUCCCCGGAGAAUGCGACUAUGACAACGAAUUCAACAAUGAGUCCAGAUGUUUUAGGGCAGACUACCACGCCGAGCAUGGCGACUGAAUCCAAAGCAGGGGAAAACGAAGCAACUACAACAGCGAUGAGGGAGGAAACUACCGCGAAUCCAGACUCUGAAACAUUGAAUGAGGUCGAUAUUCGAGGACCUUUACCUCCUACAACUACUGCAAGUACUGUGCCAGCGGCGAAUGCUGAGAGUAUACCACCUGAAACUACUAAUCCUUCCACAAGCACCACUAGCCAAAUUCCUACUACUAAUCGACCAACUCCAACAACAGUACAGCCAACGGAGACAAUUACAACAACUACACAGAUACCAAGUUCAACUACUGAUAUAAGUAGUCCUGCGAAAUCUGAUCUUCCGUCAACCGUUCCUGUGACUGUAGAUGAAGUUACGUCCCCGACAUCAACGAUAGCAUUACCAACUGAACCUACUAUAGACAAUGAAGUCAUGACAUCUACUGAUUUAAGAACCAGCACAGUUUCAGAUGCUACAAAUAAUGAUAUGUCUACUAUAACAUCAAUGUCGAGCGACCCAUCUGAGCCAACCACGACACAAUCAACUGUGAUUGAACAAUCUAUGAUUUCUACAGAGAGUACUACGAGUACUUCAAUGAUGGAUAUAAUAACGACUGCAUCAGUCAAUGCCUCCUCUUUGGAAACGUUAGAAAGAAAAAAGAAAUCUAUUGUUGACUUUAUUUUUACUAAUCCUCCAUACAUGGAUGACUAUUUAAUAUACAGGUCGUAUGAUGUUGGCUUGGAGUUACCGUUACCAAAUUUUAAUAAUAAAAUGUUUCUAGCAAAUGGAUUGAAAAGUGUUCAGGUGACAUACAUGCACUACGACACAGUACUGGAGCACGCUUAUCUGCCGCAUUUGGAGGCGGCGGCUUUGAGGUUGCCUUUGGACAGUGAGCGGUAUUAUCUGUUGGUGGUGCUGCCAUCAAGGGCGGGAGCAGCGGAGCUGGGCCGGCUACUCUCGCGCAUGGCUCGGGAAUCGGACCUCUCCGACGUGUAUUCGGCAUUGCGCCCGCGCCGCGUGCGCGCCGUGGUACCCAGUUUCACAGUCAAAGGGCAUGUCACGUUAACAACAGAUUUGCAGAAGUUGGGUAUUAGGGACGUCUUCGAGCCUCGGCAGGCCGACUUCACGCCUAUGACGCGGCAGCCAGGGGUUUACGUGCGCAGCAUCGAGCAGGCCGUCUCCGUGGCCAUAAGGAAGUAUCGCCCGGAUGACAUAAAGAAAAAUAGAUAUGUAACAAACCGACAGCCUGUAUCGUUCACUGCGACGUAUCCUUUCCUGUACUUCGUGAUGGACGCCAGUAUCCACGUGGCGUUAAUGGCAGGCAAAAUGGUGGACCCGCUCAAUACAAGAAUAUUAUAGUAUUUGGGUUGUUUUAUUUAUUUUUGGCCUAGCACAUACGACAAACUUCUAGUAUAAACCUAAAUAAAAUUUACUAGAAAAAAUCCACGCGGCCCAGGCAUCAGACAGGAUUUUUUAUAAUAUUUCCACGUGGAAUUAUUUCUAAAGUUCCGACGGGAAGCGAUCAAGAGUGAUACGUAAAUUAUAAGUCCAUGCAAAAUGUAAACAUAGUAGAUAAAAGGUUGGCAAUAUUUUUUAAAAUAAAAUUUAAUUUAUGAACAUCAACUUAGGACUUUAAUCAUUUUAAUAGGCAUUUCUAAUCUAUAUAUAUAAAACUCAAAGGUGACUGACUGACAUAGUGAUCUAUCAACGCACAGCCCAAACCACUGGACGGACCGGGCUAAAAGGGAAUGAAAGUUUGUAUGAAACUUUGUCAAUUUUAAACCGAUCGGGCUGAGUCUUUGCAUGCAGGUAUAAGAAGAAUCAUAGAUGAAUGUCAUUGUGUAUAAUACAAGCCUGAGAACAAAAACUGUAGUCUACACUUCAGCUCUACACCGAAGCGAAGCGA